UCUUUCUCUAAAAUACUCUCUUCCACACACAAUCACCCAAAUAUAAUACUCAUAAACUACUUUCUUCCAACAAAGUGGUAUCAGAACCACCAAUCCUUUCAAGAAACAUGAAUGCCAACGGCUUAGUUCCAUUUCAAUUUCCUCGCCUCACUAAAGAAAACUUUUCUAGUUGGUGCAUUCGCAUGAAAGCCUUGCUAGGAUCUCAAAAUGCAUGGGAGAUUGUUGAGAAAGGUUAUGAGGAACCUCAAGAUGAUGCUACUUUAAAUCAAUCCCAAAGGGAUAGUCUCCAAAGGAGUAGGAGGAAGGCUCAACAAGCUCUCACUCUCAUAUAUCAAUGCUUAGACGAGGGCUUGUUCGAGAAGAUUGCAAAUGCCACCACUUCUAAAGAAGAAUGGGAGAUACUACAUAAUUCUUUUAAGGGAGUCGAUAAGGUGAAGAGAAUUCGUCUUCAAUUACCUGAUGUGUGUACCUAUAAGUGUACAUGAAUAUGUCCGUUCAUUACUUGAUGUGUGCACCUUCAAUUCAUCUCUGUACCAAUUGUUGUUAUUGCAUCGGCAACCCAUUUGUAUUUCAUGAGCUAAUUUCUGCACUUAAUAUAUACUCAUAUGUGAUACGUGAUAGACCCAGUAUACUAACAAUUACACAAUCAUAACAGAUAAAGAAGAAGAAGCAGAUA